CCAAACGGUCUGAGCGCGUGGCGGUUCCUGAGAACGCAGUAGGCGAGGCGGCAGAGCGGGCGAAUUGGCUGAGUGACCCGAAGAGUGGCGGGAGCAGCGAGGAGAGGCCCUCACCUUUGGCCCUUCUCAUAAGGAUGGAAACACUACUGUUUGGUGUCUGGGCCCUGCUGGCUUUCAUCCCUUGCCCAGGAGCCACAGAAGAGCUAUUUGAGGUUUCUGUUUGGCCAGAUCAGGCCCUGGUAAAGUUUGGAGAGUCCUUAAUGGUCAACUGUAGUACUACCUGUCCAGACCCAGGACCCAGUGGAAUUGAGACUUUCUUAAAGAAAACCCAGGUGGGCAAAGGGCCUCAGUGGAAGGAGUUUCUCCUGGAGGAUGUCACAGAGGAUUCUAUUCUGCAGUGUUUCUUCUCCUGCGCAGGGAUCCAGAAGGACACAAGCCUUGACAUCACCAUGUAUCAGCCACCAGAGCAGGUGAUCCUGGAGCUGCAGCCUGCAUGGGUGGCCGUGGAUGAAGUCUUUACAGUGAAGUGCCAUGUGCCUAGUGUAGCACCACUGGAGAACCUCGCCCUCACCCUUCUCCAGGGUAACCAAGAACUACAUAGAAAGAACUUUACGAACUUGGCUAUCGCCUCCCAAAGAGCUGAGGUCACCGUCAGUGUCAAAGCUCAAAGGGAGAAUGACAGGUGCAAUUUCUCCUGCCGUGCAGAACUGGACUUGAGUUCGCAUGGUGGCGAGCUCUUUCACUCUAGCUCAGCCAUCAGGGUACUCCGGAGUUUUGAAUUCUCUGAGCACCCCCAAGUCUGGGUCUCCCCACUUCUGGAGGUUGGGAUGGCAGAGACUGUGAGCUGUGAGGUGGCUAGAGUGUUCCCAGCCAAAGAGGUCACAUUCCGCCUGUUCCUGGGAGACCAGGAGCUGAGCCCCUUCUUCUCCUGGGAAGAAGACACAGCAUGGGCCAAUGCCACUGUUCGGGCCAUGGAAGCCGGUGAUCAGGAGCUGUCCUGCCUUAUAUCUCUGGGUCCAAUGGAACAGAAAACAAGAGAGCCGGUACAUGUGUAUAGCUUCCCUCCACCAAUCCUGGAGAUAGAAGAAUUAUACCCAUUGGCAGGGACAGACGUUAAUGUGACCUGCACAGGGCAUGUGUUAACAUCACCCAGUCCUACUCUUCGGCUUCAGGGAGCCCCAGACCUCCCUGCCCCUGGGGAGCCUGCCUGGCUUUUACUUACCACCAGGGAGGAAGAUGAUGGCCGAAAUUUCUCCUGUGAGGCCUCUUUGGAGGUUCAGGGUCAGCGGUUGAUUAAAACCACUACGAUCCAGCUCCAUGUCUUAUAUAAGCCACGGUUGGAGGAAUCUGGUUGCCCUGGCAACCAGAAAUGGGUGGAAGGGAUGGAACAGAUGCUUGCCUGCGUCCCAAAGGGAAACCCAACUCCUUCGUUGGUGUGUACCUGGAAUGGAAUGAUCUUUGACCUUGAAGUGCCACAGAAGGCAACCCAGAACCACACUGGAACCUACUGCUGCAUGGCCACUAACCGGCUGGGCUCUGUCAGCAAAGACAUUGCUGUCGUUGUUCAAGGACUGGAUGAAGGAAACAGCUCCACCAUCUUCAUCAUCAUUACUGUUGCCCUUGGUGUGGGUGUAAUCAUCAUAGCGCUGUAUUUGAACUAUCGGCCCUGCAAGAUAGAGAGGAGGAAAUUCUCCUAUAGGCAGAAAGAGAAGAACAAAGAGGAAGAAAGCCAGUUUGCUGUUCAACAAGCAGAAAAAUGUAAUGCACAUAAUUGUUAAGUAGAAACAGCUAUUUGGUUGAAGCGACCUCUGCUACUGUAAUUUCCUAAGGGAGGGAAUGGGGUAGAGGAGAAAAGAAGAGACAUUAUCCUUUGCCCUGUGCAGUCGCAUAAAACAAGUGUUUCAGGCCCCCAUGUCCCUUCAUGUCCCUUGCAUCCAGUCCAUCCACAAGUUGUACUCCCCCAAGUUCACUCUAGUCACUAGGAAUUUCAGAACUAGUGAGAAGGCCUCUUGCUCCUUGCUGUAGGCUUAAUCAGUCCACUCUUAGAUUCGCAAAAGAAAAUCCCACCCUUGCCUCAUCAUCCCUGUUACCACUGCCCUUUGCUCCCAAACAUCAGACCGAAGCAAUAGAAAUAUCUCAGAAAUGCAACUCAUUUCUCAUGGUUUCCACAUGACUAAGUGGGAACCAGUUUCUUUGUCCAGAGACAGGACUUUGAAGGGAGUGAGUAUCAAACAAAGGGAUAGGAAUAGGAACCCUAUUCCUGUCUACAUGUUCCCCUGCUCCCCUAACCCGGGAGUCUGGAAUACAGGCUCCCAGACCCAGCAUGACGACAAUGUUAAGAGUCAGUGGCUGGCCAUACUUCACCUCACUAACCAUCAGUUGUGUGCCUUGGAGGAGGAUAAUAAGAAAUUCCACACUGAGUUAGAAAAGCAGCUUACCUAGCCCAGUGUUCUGCCUCUGGCGUGGAAGUUCGUGUUCUUCCGUGAAAUUGGCUUUGUAGGUUAAGGGAUCCAAACAUCUCUGAACUCUUUUUCAUAAUCCAUUAUAGAGUAAUCAUCUGUGAGUUCACAUUUGACAUAUUAAUUUUUUUUUUUUUACCUGUGCAGGUCUUAGGGUAGAGUUCCAAUGUUCAUUCUCCCAUUUCAUAAAGAAAUAUGUAUUCUCAUAUGUCUGCAAACUAUUUUUUUUAAGCUUCGGGAGGAUCCCUCCUGUGACAAUAUUUCCCACAUCGUAUGAUUGAGCUUCCUUCUCUGUUCUUUGGAAAGAGAAGACAUAAGGAGUCAUAAAACCAGAACUUUUCUCCCAAAUUGGACACAUAUGGGUCACUAAAAUGUUGGAUAUGGUGAAAAUAAAAGCGAUUUUACAAUUUCUCAAAGUA